AUGCGUUUCAACAGUUUACAGGGCACCAUACUGCUGGCUGGCUUCGUGACUUACGUGGUGAUGGGUGCUCUCGUCUUCGAGAUUCUGGAAAAGGAGAACCACCAAAAACUGCAAGAUGGAAUGUUUCACCUGAAAGAGGAUUUUUUUUUGAACUACACCAAACUCACGCCAGCAGAGGUGGAGUCAUUCUUAGCGAAACUGGUAGAAUAUCUUCAGAUGGGAAUAUAUCCAAUAGAAACCCAUGCAGAAAAUGUAGAGAGCAGCUGGGAUUUCGUUAAUUCUUUCUACUUCGUGGGAACUGUGUUAUCCACAAUAGGCUAUGGACAUAUCAGUCCCCGAACGAAAGAAGGUCAGAUCUUUUGUGUUAUUUUUGCUCUCUUUGGAGUCCCCUUCUGCCUCAUCUGCUUGAACUAUAUUGGCUUUUUAGUCUCAAGACUCUUCCAAUGCUGUGCAAAGAUAUUGUGUGGGAAAGGAAAUAAGAAAUCACCAAGAUACAUGUUAUUGUUCAUGCUUCUGGGAGUUAUAAUGUUUGUUAUUUUGCCAUCGUUCCUCUUUAAAUGGGUGGAGGCCUGGACUUAUCAAGAAUCUGUCUAUUAUACAUUUAUUACACUCACCACCAUUGGUUUUGGAGACUAUCUAAUAGGGAGGAAGUAUGACCGACCCUAUUUUUGGGGCUACCGGAUGAUCGCAGCUGCUUGGAUCACCUUUGGUCUGGCCUGGAUAUCUGUGCUGUUUCAAAUUGUAUCAGCAUUAUUGGCACCUGCGAAUCCACAAAGAAAGAGGAGACGGUGA